CAAAACUCUGCACUUGCGUUUAAAAAUGGAAACUGCAAUAAAAAUAUAAACACACUUUUCCUACUUCGCUCUAUGAACACAUAUAAGUGUUUAUUUUCUUUAGAUUAUAUCAAUGACUUUAAGAUUUAUAGCGCUAGAAACAUUUCUUGCCAUGUAAGUAAAGUUACUCGUUUGAUUACGAAAUGUUAAAUAUAGCUCUCAUAUGUCUCAACGUGUGUUUAUUUUUUAAAUAAACAAUAAAUCUCACGGACGCACAUUUGUUAGUUUAAAUGAAAACAUCAGCGAUCUUCCGUUCGGCAGGGGCGUGGCGAGUGCAGCGUGCCUUGUGAUUGGACCAGACGCGCAUGCGUGUGAAUUUAAACUUCCAGGCAGCGCACCGCUUAGUUUGUAAUAACUACCAUCUGUUUGCCAUAUAUUUCGGUGUUAGAGACGCGAGACUCGUCUAAAUACCAGUGUUGAUUUUUAAGGAAAGGCUGACUCAAAUAAAGGAUAUGGAUGCAAGCCUGAGAACAUUGACCAGGGUUUUCAGGAGAGAGUGUCAUCGAGUGGUAGACUCAGAGAUGACCACCAUCCAAGGGGCUGAUGGGAUGCUGAUGGUCCUACAGCUUUCUAUGGCUGAGGUCAACAAGCAGGAAUACGGUGACUUCGGAGUAGCUUUGAGUGAAGUUCUGGCUGUCUGGAAAUACUUCCUUCUGGAAAAGCUCCAGCUACCGCACAACACGAUUUCUCCUCCACAAAACUAUGACCUCAUCCGAAAAGAGUAUGAUUGCUUUUUGAAACGCACAAAUACUGUGGACUUGAUUGACGUCUUCGUUAUGUUCAAGGAGCUUCGGAUGAAUGAGGAACCAGAGGAGCCCGUAACAGCUCUGCAGAUGUUUCAGUUUCUCAUUGGGGAGGUGGAGAGCUCGGAGAAGGUGGAGUCUCUUCCUGUGUGUCCCUCAACUCCAUCUAGCAAGGCGGAAAGCUGUAGUCCUCAGAUAAAGAGAGUGGUCAGAGCAGUUUUUUCUUCUUAUUUGGCUCUUUUGAUAAACUCUAAGAAUGAUUUGGCCCUUGCAUACACCCUGGACAAUCCCAGCCGCUCUCUGGGACACAUGGCCUUCACAGAUCUCAGGCAUACUGCCCGCAACAGCAGCUCAUCUCUUUUCCUGACCGUAACUUCAUUUGUCAGGGCAAUACAGUUGGGAGGAAAGGGGUACGCCCCACCUGAGUCUCACCCUUUGCGGAGGCACGUGAAGGGCUUAUCAGAAUUUCUCAAUUUUGUUGACCAUUGUCAGGAAAUCUUAGGAGAGACCCCUAAUCCAAGAGAAGCCGGAUCCAAGCUGGUGUCUAGUAUCAGAGCCGCUCUGGUCAAAGGCCGCAGUGGUGGAGACCAAGUGUACCUUGCAGCAGAUGACAUGGCCAUUGAUCUUAAAGAAAGAAUCGGGCAAAUAUGCACAGCACAGACGCAGUCAGCGAUUGGCUUGGGAAUCAGUCCAGCAAGGCCAAGAGCAUACGCUAUAAACCACUCCACUGCAUAUGGGGGCAGAGAGACUGUCAAAGUUUUGAUGGCUCUUUUGGAUGAAGAAGCACUAGCCCCGCCCUGCAGGAACAAAGCAGAAUUGCUCUCUGAAGAUCAUGCAGUUCUUAAUGGAAGCGCUGGUUCCUGUCUUCUUACCCUUUUCAAAUCUCCCGAAGCUCCCACGGGAUCUUCUCCAGAGCCUUUGCGGAACCGCAUUUGCAGCCAACAAGAAAAUGUCAAGUCCAAGGUAGCCCAGCCAACUAUCCGUUCUCAGUUUGCUUGUACAUACAAGGAUGGCGAUCUGCCCCUGAACAGGGUGUUGGAGUUUCCCAGUACAAGCCAGGUUCCCACCUGCAUUCACCCUGCACCCAAACAAAGCAUAUUUGCAUCUGUGGAUGGAACUGAGAUGGAUAACAGGCCAGCAGCGGACCUAGAGGCCACUAACUCUCAGCCUGAAGGUCCCGGUAAAUCUGCUCUGGAGAAACGUAGUGGAAAUGCCUGGAACGGAACAGGUGGGAAGAGGACCCGGCCAGCACCGCUCCGAAAAGCAACAGAGACCUCCAAGCGAAAACUCGCCAGCAGGGAGUGCAUUGAACUGGGAAUGGAAGAGAACCAGCCCCCUCAAAAAAGACCCCCUGCCAAAGCCCCCGCUAGAGGAGCGGAGAAAAAGAACAGUAAAGCUGCCAGUAAGAAACUCAUUGCUGGUCAAGGGAAACUCACAAGCUUUUUCAGGCUGUAAUUCAUUCUCCCAUCUCCUAUCUGUAGCAAUGCUGCAUGUUAGCUGCACUGUCACUUGUUAUUUAUUGGUAGUCUAAACGCAUGUAACGUUCAACAAGCCAAAAUCACGUCAACGGGGGCUACUUGAAUUUGUAAGAACUUUUUUCCAUGCAGGCUGAAAGUGUGUGUGUAUAUAUUUGUGUGUACAUGAGAAAGUUCGAGAAAGUAUCGAGUAGAUCUGGCAGAGAAGGAACUAGUUUUAAAGAACAUUGUGUGUCCUAAGUACUUUUUUUCAUUCUUUUUAAACACUGCUCAUUCGAUGCAGACUUGAAUACAUUUUUUAUUGUUUUUAAAUUGUACAGAUAUGUAUUGUCAAAUGUUUGGAAUAACAUGCAGGAUGAAAUAAAGGGUACAGAAUACAACUGCUCCGGCUUCAAGCUUUCCAGCAUGGCCUGUAUACUCGACCUAUCAUGCAUCGUAGUACUGCAAAGAGAACAGAAAGAGAAAAACAAUUAAUUGCAUUGAAAUAGACUGCUACUUGUUUACUCUGGGACAUAUGGGAGUUACAUUCUCUGCAGAUAAACAACUGCAACUUUAUAAGAUGGUUUGCCAAACAAUCUCGAAAUCUUGUUCUUCAGAUGGAUUGUUUUCUUUUUAGGCAGUUAUCAGCUGGGCAUCAGUUUGAAAGAACCGAUCUUUCAGCCGGGUCAAGCUAUGAUAGUUUUUAAAUCAUGUUUGGUCGUCUUAAUGUGCAAGAUCAACGUGUGGCUUGAUUUUUCCAAUAAACAGUCUACUUUUGGUCUUAAGAAUGCUAUUGAUGAAAAAGGAGAUAAGUAACUUGGCAGUGCUUACGGUCUAUGUCCCUCCUACCCAUGGGAAUGACAUCAUCUGCACUCCGUGUAUCCCUCAUGCUGAAGCCAUCCAGAGUGUGAUCCAUCCCACGCAGUGGCAGAGUUUGUGGAAAUGCAGGAUAUGUUUCCCUCCCAGGAGACCUCUUGAUUUCUGUGUCCUGGUGGAAACAAAGGCAUUUCAAGUCAAUAUGUGGGGCAACCACUUGCUUAUAAUCCAGGCCUUUGAACAGAAGCAGCCAGAUGCACAAAGCUAAACCCAAAAUGCAGUUAUGCUUUGAGUGUGCGAGAUUCAAAAACCACACCUGGAGAUGUUUAAGUUAAUUUGAACAAAACACACCCAAGGGCAACCUCAAGAUCUCUCUCCAUAACUGCUCUUAAACUGCUGGCGUAUGGAGCCCCACAUGGAACAAAUGUGUCAAACUGCGACAAAGUUUCCCCAAGUCUUGCUUAGCCAAUUUUCUCAAGAUCACCUAGGGCCCUUUUAUCCAAGGCUUCCCUUUCUGACUGUGUCCUUCCGAAACUCGCUGACUGUUCCAUUACUGCACUUGUAAUUGUAGCAACUUAAUGGUUCAAUUUUGAACGUAAUAAUAAAGCAUUGUUAGAUGCCUACAAAGAUAUGGUUUUGAGCUUAAAAUCUUGUCUACUAACCCCACACCUAGUAUCAGCUGCCACUCUGCUAACAACAGUUUUAGCAAGAUGCAUGGUAACAGACCUUACCCAGAAAGCAAUUUUGCAUUUAAAAGAUGUCUAAUUGCCGUCCAAACACAGGCCCGACGUCUAGGCUGAAACGAGGCAAAAUUUGGGCUGUUAGGGAAAAUU